AUGACACAGGCUGCUAGCUCUACGAAGAGCUCAAGUGCUGGUACUGCUUCAGUUCCUAUCAUUCGAGAGAUGAGCGCUUCAUUCGCUCGAUCAUUGACAGAUGCGAAUUUUUCACUGAUCCGACAAUCACUGGAACGCUUACGAAAGUUUUCCGGUGAUCCAACAGACGAUGAUGCAAACAUCAUCAAAGAAUUCAAGUACUUGAAAGAUAAAACUCAUCGUGAUGCAGAAAGCGAUGAUGGUACAUCACUUGUCUCAUUAAUUACUGCUACAUUAAUUAUUCCAUGUUAUCAAUUCUAUUCAACGCAUGAUAAAUUUUCGUUGUAUUUUUUCCAAUUAUUCGAAUUAAUAUUAUCACAUUCUUCAGUAUCAAAAAAUGAAAAUUUUCGAUUUUCCAUUGCUGUAUUUAUUUCACGUACAAAUGUUUAUCGAUCGAAUUCAAUUCUUACUCGAAUUGACAAAUGGACAAUUGAAAUGUGGCUCGGGAAACCAAUCAGUCAAAAUUCAACAACAAAUAAAAUGCGUUUUGAAUCUGGAAAACAAUUUCCAUUCACAUCAGAUUCACCGGGAUGCGCUAUAUUGUGUGAUAACACCAAGUAUCCAAUUGAUAUCACCAAUCAAUUUGAUUUAUUUAUUGAAAAAGCAAGCAAGGAUCAAGAUACACAUGCUGAUGAAUUAACUGCUCUUGAAAGCAUUUUAAAUCAAUUAUUUCGUUGUGGAUUUAUACUUCGAUCAUUUUUGAAUGCAGAUCAAUGUUUAUCAUCGAUGUUAUCAUUUGCAGUUCAACGUCAACGAAUAGUAGACGUUCGAUUAACAGAUGAAACCAACACACAAGCUCAAACACAAUUAGUAUCAAUUAAAAAUCAAAUGUUAAAUAAAUUCGACUAUUUACCAGAUGCAGACAAUGGUGAAUUUAAAUUUAUUCAAAGUGAAUGUCGAGUUCGAUGGACAGAUGGUAAAGAAUUCAUCUAUCCAGCUAAUACAAUUCAUCCACGACCAUCAUUUUUAUUACCAAUAUCAAAAUUAUUACAAUAUGCAUAUGUCCAACAACAAGAUAAUAAUGAUACAGAAGCAAAAGGACUUUGGAAUUUAUUAUUACAAACAAUUUACCAAACAUUUACAAGAUAUUUGGAAAAUUCAAAAUCAAAUCUUGAUUUAGCAAAAGGUGAUGUAAAAGAUUUUUUUGUCUAUUUUCUGGCUCAUGAAGACGAACAGAUACGAGAGACAGGAACCAAACUUAUUACGACAUUUAUCAAGGAAUUACCUAUUUCAACAGAUGAAAACCUUGCACCGUUAUUAUCAUGUUCAAUUAUUGAAAAAAAUUUUCAAUCUAUGAUUAAUAAUGAAAAAUAUUCAAUUAAGGCAAGUUUAUUUAAUGAAUGUUUGCAGCCAUCAUUGAAUUGGUCAAUUGAUGAUUUAUGUUCAUUAUUGACAACAUUAGCUAUGAACUUAAGCGAAGUUUCAGCAUUACGAAGUGAAAAUCUCGAUUAUCGUCAUGUAUGGUUCCAAUUCUUUGUUAAUUUAAUGAAUAUUAAUCUUGAUCGAUUGACAUCAUCAAUAAUAAAAAUGAAUCCGAAUUUUAUCGAAUUUUGUCGACAAAUACAAACAUCAUUAUUCACCAGAUUAUUUCAGCCAACAAUAGAAAACUCAUUUCAAAUUUUAAAAUUUAUGAUUAAAAAUUGUAAAAAAGAUUGGAUUAAAAUUGUAUUAGAAAUUAUCGAUCAACAAAUUAAAGACAAUCACGUACAAGAAAAUAUACAUGAGUUAUUGAAAGACUCUCGUGUAUAUGCAUUUGAUAACUGGAAAGUAGCCUCAAGCUUUGAUCUUUUACUGUCAUUGAUAAAAUUGAAUACAGAUAAAAAUCCACUACUUCUUUUUGAAUUUCUCUUACUCUUAGAAAAAUCAUUUGAUGGGCAAUUAAAGCCGAAAAACUUUAAUAUUUCAACAACAAUUCAACCGAUUAUUAACGUUCUUCAUUCUGUAUUUUCAAAUCAAAAAAGUGAUCAACAACUUGUUUGGAAUUUCACAUUUCGUCGUAGUAUAUUAUCAUGUACAACAUCGAUUAUUCUUUAUUUAAUUGAUCAAAUCAACACGCAAAUCUCAAUCAUGAAUACAGAUGAUAUGCAACGAGUUAUUCAAUCUACAAUAUUACUUCCAGUCGAUUAUAGACAAAUGUCACGAUUAUUCAAUUUUGUACUUCGAUCAAAACAACAAGUUUUAAUUAAGUAUUGGUUCAAACAAUUAUUAACACUGGCAUUAUUAACAAAUGAUAAUUUAAAUGAAGAAGAAAUCCUUAAAUAUACUUCAUCCAAUGAUGAACAAUCAUCAUUUAAUCUACAACCAUCAACUAUAAUGAAACUCAUUGGUAUGUACACUUAUGAACUUAUUGAAUUAUUACAUGAAAAAUUCGAUCAUGCAAUGAAUUUAAUUUCAUUAUCGGCAUUUACUUUUCUUUCAAUAUACAUUCAACAAUCUUUACCUAUUUGUAUUCAAUGUCUAUUACAUAAAAAUUCUCGUAUACGUGUGUCAAUUGCUCGUUUAGUUGGUCGUGCAUUAGAUAUGCAAUCAGAUGAUCUUAUAAAACUUUUACAAAGUUUACAAGAUUCAAAUAGUGAAGAUAUCAAUAUGACAACUGUAACAACAUUAAACUUAUUUAAUGAUCAACAACGAUCAGUUACACAAAUGCAAACUGCGCCAGUACAUCUUUUAGAACGUGAAAAAAAACGUUCGAAAUCUCAAAUACCUUUUCGUACGAUAAAACGAUCGGAUUUUGAAACAUUAUCUAAGCAUUUGAAAUCAUUAACUAAUUUUGAUGACAGUUCAAAAACUGAUACAACUAAUUUAGAUACAGUAAAAAAUUUAAUUAGCAAAUGUCCAGAUGAAUUUCGUCAUUUAAUACCAAGUCGUCGUCAAUUACCAUCAUUAGUGCAAACAAAAACUAUGUUAAAUAAUCGUCAACGUAUUAUUGAAUGUAUACGAACACCUAUUCAUUUAUUAUUACAAGGUGAAACCGGUGUUGGAAAGAGUAGUCUUAUACUUGAUGUUGCUGCUGAUCUUCAAAAACCAUUAAUUCGUUUUAAUCUUUCGUCAAAAACUGAUAUUGGUGGUUUAUUUGGUUCAGUUAAAUUGAAAACAGUCAAAAGUGCAAAUGAUCAACGACAAGAAAUUGAAUUAGAUUAUGAAGAAGGUCCAUUUACAACAGCUUAUCGUAAUGGUCAUUGGCUUUUAUUAGAUGAAAUGAAUUUAGCACCACCAAAUGUUCUUCAAGCAAUUGAACAAGCAUUGGAAUCGGGUGUAUUGACAAUACCAAAUAUUGAAGAUGAGGAUAAUGUUGAAGAACCACAAAAUCAAGCAAAACAAAAUUGUCGUAUCUAUCAAAUACAUCCAGAAUUUCGUCUUUUUGCAACACAAAAUCCAUCAGCAGGCAAAUAUAAAGACGCACGUGAUACACAAUCAACAGCUCUAUUAAAUCGUUUCAGUAUUUUUAUUGUUGAAGGGCCACAAAAUGAUGAGUUAGUCGAUAUUAUUACAAAUAGAUUAAAAAAUGAAAAAUUUCCUUUUGCAACUCAAACUACACAAAUGGUAAAUUUACAUUUGAGAAUCAUGGAAACCAUUAAAGAUAAUGAUUUCAAAGAACGAAAUAGAAACUAUUCUGAAAUAACCAUACGUGAACUUUUUCGUUGGUGUCAAACUUUAUGUGAUUAUGAAAAGAUGUUAAUUAAAUGCUCGCAAACAGUUAGUAAACUCACUCCUAACACAUUCAAUCAAAUUCUUACUGAACAAGCAUAUGCUAUUUAUGGUUUACGGUUUCGUGAAGAACAAAGUCGAAGUCAAAUUGCAAGAAUUAUUGAAAAUCUCUUUCGUUUCAGUCCAAUACCAUCGUCAAAAUUAUCGAUUGAAUAUCGUCCAAAUAAUAAUGCUGUUGCAUUUCUAUCCAAACAACGUUUAUUAUUACAAAUGCCAAUAGUUUUUCUCGAUCGUGUUCUUAACGAUUGGCCAUCACAUAUUAUGAAACCGAGUAAUAAUCAAGAGAUUACAAAAAUGAUUAAAAUUCACAAUUAUUUUUUUAAAUAUUUUCAUAAUGAACAUAUAACACAGAUUCAUAAUUGUUCUUAUGCAUUAUUCUGGUCAAUGAUAGAAAGACGACAUUCACAAAAUUUGACUCUAGCUGAAAUAAUUGUUGAAACUUAUACAAGUCUAUGUCGAGAUGAAAAACAACGAAUGGAAAUUAUCAAACAUAUUGCUGCAGAAUUUAGUGAACCUGAAACAUAUCUUUCAAAAUCGACUUCAUCACUUUCAUCUGCUCAUUCAUCAUUUUAUCUCGAUGAUGAAGCUAAUCGUAUUACACAAUUUAUUUUAGCAGCAUCACAAUCACAACCCAUUCUGAUUGUUGGUCCAGAAGGAUGUGGUAAAAGUCAUCUUGUUCAAGCAAUAGCUACAUUAACAAAUGUUCGUUGUCAACAUUUAUAUUUAACACCACAAACCGAACCGGCAGCUCUUGUCGGCUCUCUCGUACCACAUCCAAAAUUACCACGUUGGCAUGAUGGUGCUGUGAGCGAAGCGAUUACUAAAGGACAUUGGCUUAUUCUUGAAAACUUUUCUGAAGCAUCAUCAGCUGUUCUUGAACGUUUAAAUCCUGUUCUUGAACAACCACCUCAAUGGGUUAAAGUAGAAAAUAAUGAAACAGAACCUGCAUCAGUUAAUCCUAAUUUUCGUAUUAUUGCUACAAUGUCUCCACCAACUGGUCGAUUACAAAAUGCUUCAAUCGAAACAAAUCAUGAGCUUUCACCUGCUUUAUAUAAUCGAUUUUUAAUUAUUUAUUAUCAAGGCUUGAAUUUAUCAUCAUUAGAUGUCUAUAAAAAUAUGUUUACAUCGUAUUUUCCAACAAAUGAAAAACAACUCAUUAAUUCUGUUUGUGAAAAACUUCAUUCGGAACAAUUAACACCAAGACAAUUAGUUCAAUUUAUUGAUUGUGCAUUUAAAUUACAACAUUCAAAGAUUAUAACAGAACGCAAAAUAGAUUUACCAUCUGUUUUACUUUCAGCUUAUGAACUUGUUUUUAAUAGUGAUUCAACAAAAGCACGAACAUCAUCUGUUAAAUCAUAUUUAGAGAAAGAAGCAAAACAUGGUUCUAUAAAUUUUUUUGAUUUUUCGGUUCCGAAAAAAGUACGUGAAGAACAUCGUGAACAUAUUAUCGAUCCUGAUAAAACACCAACACGCUACGAUGCAGCUAAACGUCUAUGUGCAUCUGUUAUUUGUUCAUGUCCUGUACUUCUUGAAGGUCCUGCUGCAACAGGUAAAACAAGUUUAAUUGAAUAUUUGGCACAAUGUGAUAAUAAAAUUCCAUAUCGAGUUAAUAAUACAAAAGGUACAACUUUACAAGAUUAUUUCGGUUCAUAUAUGCCAAAUGGUGAAUUUCUAAACGGAGCAUUAUCUCGUGCUAUGCUUGAUGGAGAUUGGUUUGUUGCCGAUGAAUUUGAUUUAGCUGAACCAGCUGUAAUGAAUGUUUUGUAUCCAAUUUUGGAAGGUCAACAAUAUCUUACUGUACCAAAUACUGGUCAAACAUUAAUGGCACGUGAUGGAUUUCGUUUCUUUGCAACACAAAAUGGCACGAGUUAUAUCGGCCGAAAACAAUUACCAAAAACAUUACGUUCACGAUUUUUAGAAAUACAAUUUCAUUCAUUUACUGAAAAAGAACUUGAAUUUAUAAUUAUACAACGAAAAUCAACAUCCACUGUAUCAAAAUCAUCGGCAGCAUUCGAUGAUGAUUUGAAAAAAUUCGCACCACAAAUAGCAUCAAUGGUUACAAAUUUGAAUCGACAGAUCGAUGAGAAACAACAACCGCUUUUAGGAGCACCAAAACUUGGUCUAACAAUGCGUGAAGUUAUUAAAUGGAUCAAUCGAAAACAACGAAAAAUGGAUGUCGGUUGGGAUGAACAUGCAUUGAGAUUAUUAGAAUCACGUGUACCAAAAAAACUCAAUAAUGCGUUUAUUACAUGUCUACAAACUUCAUUUCCACAAUUGAUCGAUCCACAAUCUCAUGUUAAAAUUGAGGGUAAUCAAAUAUCACUUAAUCGUCCACCUUGUUUGGCAAUAUCAUAUGCAUUUGCUAAUUUCGACGCAGCAAUCAAUUUACAAUUAUCGUCAGCACCACAAAAUUUGUUACUUUCACUUUGGCGUGUCUUUGCCGCUGCUGAACAACAUGAACCAAUUCUUUUACUUGGACCAACUUGUUAUAAAUCCGAAUUGAUCAAAAUCUGGUCAAAAUUAAUGGCAAAAGAAUCCGAACUUUGUAUAAUUACUUGUUCAACAUCAACCGAAACAAGUGAUCUCAUCGGAUCGAUUAGACCGUAUACACAUGCUGAUGCUUUGGGUUUAUUAUUGAACUGUUUGAAUCAACUCUAUGAACGUGCGAAAAAGAAUCUAUCAAAAAAUGCUUCUGCAAUAGAUUUUAACAAAUUUACUGAAUUUCGUACAAAUUGUGAUGCAUUUGCUGAUGAUAUUGAUAAAUUUAUUAGUGAAAUCAAAAAACAACAAGAGAAAAAGAAAGUUCGAAAACAUCAAACAACAAAAAAUAUCGAACAACCAUCUGAACCAAUUGUUACAUCGGAAGAUAUUAAAGUCGAUUCUGAACCAAGUCAAACAAAUGAUUUCACACCUUUGCCAACAUUUAAUUUACCUCCGAAGUCGACGACAACAACAAAUCAAUUCAACAGUACGAAAAAACACUCCACUGACGAUGAUGACGAUGAAUAUUUUGAAAAAAUUUAUCAUACUAAACACGUUGUCGAUAUGAUGGUGAAUGAUCAAGAGGACGUUGAUCCAUUCGAAGUAAUAAGCAAUGAUCAAACUGAUGUUGAUCCAUUUACAAUAGUUCACAAUCAUCCUGAAGAAGAGGAUAUUGAUCCUUUCAGUGUGCCUACAUUCGUUCUAACAAAACCAGAAGAAGAAGAUGAAAUUGAUCCAUUUAGCACAGGUCAACCAUCACAACUUUCAGAUGAUGAAAAACUUUUAGAGUUUUUUAUGGGAGCACAAUCGGAUGAUCAAUCAACGACACAUGUUUUGACUUCUUUAUUUGGUACGAAAACCAAUCCAGUUGCUGAAGCAUUUCAAUCAAUUAAAAAUCGACUUGAAAUAAUUACUGCAGGUCUCGAUGACAUAUGUCGUAUUGGAUCGAAUGAAAAUGGUAUUCUUCUGAUAAAAGUUCGUUGUGAAAGUAUAAUUAUUGAAAUUGAACGAGCAAUUGAACAAGGCAAAUCAAAUAUUUUCUUAUUUCAAGAUGGUCCAGUUACAAGUGCUGUUAAAGAGGGUAAAAUAUUAGUUUUAGAAGAUAUGAAUGAACCAUCUCAAGCUGUUAUCGAACGUUUAAAUAGUUUAUUCGAAACUGAACCAUCAUUUGUUCUCUAUGAAGAUUUUACUGCUCAAGAAUCCAAAACAACAAAGAUCAAUCCACAACGCGCAAAAUUUCCAAUCUUACCAACAUUUCAAGUAUUUGCUACGGUACAUACAGAUGAAAAAACCGAAAAUCGUUUACAAUUGAGUGCAGCAACGCGUUCAAGAAUGACAGAAAUACGUAUUCAACCAUAUGAUAACAAUGAACUCAAACAAUUAGCGAUGAAAUCAACAGUGAAUACAAUUCGUGAUAAACAUAUUGAGAAUCAAAUGACUCAAAUUAUUAAUACUUUAGCUGAUAAUCUUGCACCACAACUUGCUCAAGCAAUGAAAAUUGAUUCAUUAGAUUCACGUCAUUUUGUUCGAUUUGGUGAAUGUUUACGUUUACAUCUUGAACAUAUGCCAAUCGAACAAGCAGCUGCUAUUUGUGUUAAAUUUUUAUUUCUUGAUAGUAUUAUUGAACCAAAACAAUCAACGACUUCAAAUAUACAUUCAACAAAUACAAUAUGGCAAAAAGUACUUACUGCAUUUAAAUGUGAAAAGAAUUUUCUACCAACAGAUGAAAAAGAUAGUGCUACAACUGAAGAAAAAGAUUCUAUUACAACUGAUGGAAAUCUUGAAAAAGUAGGUGUUUAUAAAGAUCUAAGUCAAUGGUGUACAGUCGAAGAAAUGACAAUAGUCGAUACAGAAACAAAACAAUUACGAACACAUUGGGGUUUACGAUUGAAGUCAAAUAAUUUAAUAGCACCAUUUGCACCAAAAAUAAAAUCACGUCCUGAAAAUCUUCGUUUUUCUCUUGCUCUGACAAAAUCAGUUUUAAAUAAUAUAUCACGAAUUAUAUUUUCAUUACAUUCAUCCAAUCGACAAUUACUUGCUGGUCCACCAGGUGUUGGUAAAACAAAAAUUAUCGAAGUUUUAGCUAAAAUGUUAGGUUACGAGGUUGUUCGUAUUAAUUUUAGUAGUAAUACAGCAUUUGAAGAUCUUAUUGGUUCAUUCGUACCACGUGUUGUUAAUGGUCAACGAUCAUUUGAAUUUCAAGAAGGUCCAUUAUAUACAUCAUUGAAAAAAAAUCGUCGAAAUACAGUUAUUCUACUCGAUGAAUUAAAUUUAGCACGUAAAGAAUUAUUAAAUCAAUUGAUGCCAUUAUUUGCUAAUGAAAAUGAAUUAUUCAUACCAGCAUUAGCGAAAUCAAUUCCAAUUGAUGGUUCAAUUAUUGUAGCAGCUAUGAAUCCGACAUCGAUUGGUGGUGGACGAGAAAAAUUACCUCGAUCAACUCAAGCACAUUUUAUUCAAGUUCAAUUAUCUACAUUUGAAGUACGUGAACUGAUGUAUAUUACAAUAUCAUUAUUACAUUCGCAUUUGGUUGCUGGUUAUUUAACAGAAAAUUUAGUUGAAAAAAUCAAUAUGUUUCAUUAUGAAAUAAGUGAAAAAGCUCGAUUGCGACAGAUUGGACGAAUUGGUGGACCAUAUGAUUUUAAUCUUCGUGAUAUAGAAAAACUAUCGAAAUUAAUUGCUGCACAUUCUCUUACACAUCGUGCUCAUAUGAAUAUUUCAGAAGGAGUAACAUCAACAACUACAAAUAUAAUAGAUGAUGAUAAUCUACGUAAAAUUGAAGAACAAAAUAUUAUUCGUAGUCUACAAGUUUAUCUUGACAUUGUCUAUGCUUCUCGAUUUGAAUAUGUUCAAGAUCAAAAUUUAGUUCGUGAGAUGAUUCGACAAAAGUUUGCAUUGGAUACGAGUUCAACUACUAAGAUAGUUAAUAAUCGCAAAGAACUUAUUGAUAGUGAUUUAAAUCUACAAGGUUAUGCACGUCUUGGAUUCGUGUAUAUUGAAAAGAAAGAGUAUCAAUCAGUUUAUCGGCCUUUAGUUCAUAGUCAACGAACAUUAGAAAAAUUACAAUUAUUAGCAGCAGCUACAGUUAGUAAGGCAACUGUUUUAAUCGAAGGUGGUGAUUGUUCAGGUAAAACAGCACUUGUCUGUGAAUUAGCUCGAAUAUGUGGACGACGAUUACUUGUUCUUAAUUUAAAUCAUGAAACAACAACAUCUGAUUUACUUGGUUCAUGGACAGUAAUCAAUAAAAAUUCGUAUGAAAAACGACGAAAACAAACUAGUGAACAAUUUCUAAAUGAUAUAGUUCGUUUUGCAUUAGCAGUUCUCAUACCAUUAUCACAGCAGUUUUAUGAAGCAGAAAAAUUGAUUCGAACAAUUAUAAAUUUGAUUCACCAGUGGGAACAUGAGAAGAGUAAUCAAGCUGAAGAUGCUUUUCAACGAUGCCGUUUAUUAUUGGAAAAUGAAUUGGAACGUGCAAAUCGAAUACAUAACGAAACAAUUGCAAAAGAAAUUGAAAAUUAUCUGGAUAUACUCGAUCGAAUUGAAGAUGAAUUUAAAUUAAUAAAAAAUCUUGGCGAAGGAUUGACAUUUACUUUCAAUAAAGGACCAUUAAUACAAGGAAUGGAACGUGGAGAUUGGAUUCUAUUAGAUAAUAUUAAUUGUGCACGUGGAGAUGUUAUUGAACGUUUAAAUUCUUUAGCUGAAGCUGAUCCAACAUUAACUUUAUAUGAAUCCGCUGAAGCACAAGAAUAUAGUCGUAACAAUGGAAUACAUAAAGAUUUUCGAUUAUUUGUAAUCGCCAAUAAUAAUCGAAAAAUGGCGAAUAAAUUAUCUAGUGCUUGGCGAAAUCGGUGUUUGAUUAUUCGAAUGCAACCAUUAGAUGAUGAAUUGAUUUUUGACAAUAUUAAACAACACGAUCUAGCUGACAUAGUUAAAGGAGAAUUGCAAGGUAUUAACGGUGGACAAGAACUAGCACAUACAUUGUUACGAACACAUGCAUCAGCAAAAAAAUUAUCAAAUGAAAAAGAAUUACAAUUUAUUACAUCUUAUCAAUUAUCCUAUCAAAAUAUUAAACGUUCAGCACGUAUAUUACGAACAUAUGUUUCGAAUAAACAUGAUCCAGUAUUUGCUUUAAAACCAGCUAUCUUUCGAAGUUAUCUUGAUGCUAUAUUGAAUAUUAGUGGUAAAGCUUCUUUAAUUAAAGCAUUGGCUCAACAUUUAUUGGAUUCUGAAUUAAAUAAAACAUCUUAUACUACUCUACCAAUGUUGACAAUGGAUGAUCGACAACAACAAAUGGCUUGGUAUGCUCCAGCACAAAAUCUUCAUGAAUUGAUUGCAUCUGUUGAAGAAUGUACAAUUGAUCUUCAUCUUAAAAUAAUCAAUAAUCAUAUGUAUGAGGACAUAUGUAAAAAACAAGAAUUUAUUGAUUAUGGUGUAAAUUUACUUGAUUAUCUUCAACCAUUAGUUAAAACUAAGCAAGAAAAUGAAUCAGAUGAAGGACUCUAUUCACAAGCAUCAAUGAUUCGAUCAAAAAUUUUGAUAGAUGAUGCACAACAAUCAAUAGUAUUCAGUUCUGAUUUGAAAAAAUGGUUAUCAAAAACACAUCAGUAUUUAUAUUCGAACAAAAUCAUACUCUCAUUCGAUAAUAUUGAUGAUUCAUUAAAUUUAUUAGAUGUAACUAUUAAAGAAUGUUACAAACGAAUUCUUGAAUUUGCUCAAGAAACAUCAUUUAUCGAUGCACAACAUCGUCUUACGGAGUUACAACAAGUGAAUAAUACAAUUCAUCAACUUUCAUCAUUAUCAAGAAAAUUACAACUUAUUUGUAAAUUAUCACAUUCAUCAAAUACACUCAAAUGGUGUACUCAGAUUCAAGAGCAUCUUAAUACACUUUUAAUUACUGAAACAUAUAUGAAAUGGGUCGCUUUUCCAUGUCAACCAAUGGCAAAGAAUGAUUUACAUAUUGUUUCACAAACACAAGAAUCAAUUCGUCAACGUAAUCAAAUAAAUUUAGACAACGAUGAUAAUGAAUUUAAUUCAGCUUUAAAAUUAAUAAAUGUUCAUCUACAAAAAGUACAAUCAAUUCCAAUAAUUUCUUCAGCUGAUCAACGAUUGGAUAUUAUCUUGAAAUUAUAUCAAUAUUUAUCCGUUAUGGAAGAUGACAAAUAUAUUUUAUUAGCUGCUUCAAAAUUAGAAUUAAAUGUUGCAUGUAAACUUGCUAUGAAUUUCAUGAUUAAACCACAAUUCAUUGAAAAGAUGGAUGAACAACAAACAUUAUUAAAUUCUUCGAAUUUACUUGCUAGUUUAAAUUGUUUAUAUUUUAUUCAUACGAUUCUUCAUGAUAUCUAUACUGAACUAGUAUCAUGUCAUAGUCAGCUCGAUAAAAUCACUCAUCAAUAUGAUUCGGAAAAAGCAAAAUUAAUCGAUAAUGUGAGUGAUAUCGAUUAUGAAAUUGAAAAGAUUUGUGAAAAACGAAAACGAUUAUUCGAACCCGAAUCAAGUGAAGAAACAAUUAAUGUCGACGAAGAAUUAACUAAGCUUCAAGAUGAAGAAAGCAAAUUAGAACAUAAAAAAGCAAUACAUUUGAGUACAUUGAAAGCGAUUGAACAUCUAUAUAAAAAUGUAUUUACUUUAUUUUUACCGUUACGAGAAAGUUUAAAAAAAUUCCAAGCAAACGGAUGGCUACAAACUAUACGUGAAUAUGGUCGACGUCGACAAGAAAAUAGUAUUACUGAAUUACUUGAAAGUAUAUCACAAAUUUAUAUAAAAGAAUAUGAUUUAAAUCAAACUUAUUCAUCUUCGAAUAAAAUUGAUGAAGAAAAUAAACAAUUAAAAUCUGAUGUUUUACGACAAUUUGUUUUUAAUCAGAUAAAUUUCGAUGAUAUAAAUACAUCACAUGGACGUUCGAGUCUGACUACCAUGCAACUUAUUUAUCCAAAUUUAUUUCAACAAAAUAUGUUAAUAUAUAUUUUAAAAGAAGAUACAUUAGCAUCAAUAAUCAAUAAAUGUUUGGAAUCAGAAACUACAAUAGAUAUUCUUAUCAAUGUACAAUUAACAAAUCUUUUACUUGUUGAUAAACGUAAAUAUAAUCGAUAUUCUACAAAUGAAACAGGAGUGGCACGUUUAAAUGAGCAACUCAUUCUUCGACAUUUUGCUAUCGAUUAUGGAAGUGCUCAAGCACCACUUGAUGAUAUUUUUAUUCAAUUUGCUGAUCGUUUUAUUAACGAAGUAAAGCAACGAUCUAUGAAUACUGAUAUAGAUACUCAAAGAAAAAUUAUUCAAAUUGAAAUUGAUGCCACUAUGUUUCAUUUUGCUUUACCAUGUCUAGUUGAAAAGAUAUUUCAACAUCGAAAUAUCAAUGAUAUUGAUAAUUUAAUAAUCGAACCAAAUCAUAUUGAACAAUUGAAUCGAGACAUUCAAGGAUGGAUACAAGAACAACGAUUAGCAGGUACAAUUCGAACUGAACAACAAAUCUACGAAAAUCAAGUUGAAAAUGAUAUUCACAAAGAUAUAACAUUCUUCUUAAAUAUUAUCGAACAAUCAGAAAUUAUUGGAAAACAAACAUUAGCAUCAACAGAUAUUAAUAUUCGAGAACUUUUUAAAACAGUUACUAAAGCAAGAACAACUCUCAUACGACCAACUAUUGAAAAACUUGAGAAAAAAUUAGAUGAAACUUUACUCAUGUGUGUACCUAAAGAACCAAUUGCUAAAGCACGAACAUUAGCUAUUGUUGAAGGAAAACAAUUCCGUUAUCCAGUUUUAAAUCUUUUGAAACCCCAUCUUUCGGAUUCUGAAACAAAAUUUCAUGCAUUUAUUUCAACAUUUAUCGAUCGUAUACAUAUGAUACAAGCAAAAUUAUUACAAAUCCUUUUAAUACAUCGAUCAAAUAUGAAUGAAAUCGAUCUUUAUAAAAAAUCACAUCAAAUAUCAAAAUUAUUAAUUUCAAUUGUUGAAUUUGUUAUGAAUAAUAUUGAUGCAUAUGGACUUAAAAUAUCAGUUGAAAAUUUCUAUGAAAAUAUUAAUUCAUUUGAAGGUGAAAUUCUCAAACAAGUAGCACAUGCACAAUUUAAAACAGAAGAAGAAUUAACAGUAGAAGAUACUACGAACUUUAAACUAUUUACUAGAAUUGAACUAGAAAAUGCUAUUCAACAUGUUGCAACAGAUCCAACUGCAAAUAACAAUGUUACAACAGAUCCAAUAAAUAUUGGUCAACGAGAAACAAAAUUAGUUAAAAAGAAUGCAGAAGAAACAAUGCUUGAACGUCAAAAUGAUGAAUUAUCGAAAGUUGAAAAAGAAUUAGAACAACUAAGACAAUUGGCUAAACAGAAUGGUCUAUCGAGAAUACAGUAUGCAAUUGUUAUGUUACUCAUGGAAUUGAACGACAUAAAACGUAAUAAAACUGUAUUGAAUGAAGUAAGUUUAUUGAAAUGGCGAAAUUAUCCAAAACAAUUACAACGUCGAAUUGCAAGUGAAUCUAUUGAACAUAAGAAAACAGAUAUUUUCAAUAUAAAACGAGUAAAAUAUGAAAAAUCACUGGAUAUUAUAUCGGAGAUGCUUGAGAAAACCAUAAGAUAUCCAAGUCAAACCGGAUAUCGAUUUUCAGAUGAUCGAGAUAAUCUUUUGGCUUUAGUGAAAUCUUUAACAGAUGAAAAAUGUUCAGAGAAAGAAUCGGUAUUAGAAUUUUUAACUGAUUAUUUUCAUCAACAAACAUUUGAAUCAAUGUGGGCAAAUGUUGAAAAAUUAAUCUAUGAGUUUUGUUUACCAACUGAACAAAAUUUAUCAGUUCAAUUGAUUAUUGAUAAUUUAAAAAAUUUAAUGGCCAUAUUUAUCUUUCUUGAUUCGACUUCAUUAGCCGAAAUAUGUAAAGAAUUAUUACAAUUUUGUCAAGAACAUGCACAUGAUCAAACUGAACAAUUUCAUUUACCAGCACCGAAAUUAGAACUACUUCGAACAAAAACAUUGGAGAAUGCUAUUCAACAACGAUCAACACAAUUACAAAAAUUAAAUCCAUGCGAUAAAUCAAAACUUGUAUUGAUUUCGUCAGAUGAUGAAGAUAAUCAAACAUAUGAAUUGAUACAUAUUUAUCCACGUCUUAUUCGAUUGUAUGAACAACAUAAAACUCUAACACGAAUCUUGCAUGAUCAAUCAAAUUAUAAUCAAUCGAUAGGUAUUCAAUUAUCUUAUCUUCGAUUAUCCGAUUGUAUUGCUCUUCUAUUUCCUGAAUUACCCAUACUAUUCAUGAGUUCACUCCAAUUAGAUAAAUUUGAUUUUCAAACUGUUCAUCACUUCGAAACUUAUUUGUCUAGCAAUGAAUUUCGAACAUCGAUUAAAGAAUUGUACGAAAAACGAUUCAUAUUACAAAGUACGACAGGUGAAUCUAUAUCAUUACUUUCUAGCAAUGCUGAAACAGCCAGUCAAACACUCAUAGAAUCUAUGAAGAGUGUUGUUCAAACAAUGGCAACAGCUGCAAAAACCGAAGAUAUACGUAAACAUUGGUUUUAUCAACUAUUCGAAAGUAACGAAUAUCAUUCGUUUUUUGCAUUUGAAAUACAAUCAUUCUUGAGUAAUUUAUUCGAUGAAAUGAAAGAUAAUUUAUCUACAUUCAAAGAUAAAUUAGACAAUACUGGAAAGACUAUAGCAACAAACUAUUUGAAAUUUUCCGAUUUAAUUGUUGUUGAAUACGGACAAGAACUUCAAAGAUGUAGAUCUAGAAAAGUAACAGCUGAAAAAGAAUUCAAUGGAUUACUAUCUAACAGUUAUAGACGAGAAGAAUUGGAAAGAAAUGCGAAAGAGGCUAGAAAUGAAUACAACAAAGUUGAACGAGAUUAUCAAAUUCAAUUGAAUACUGUAGCCAACGGACAAAUACGUCGAUUAUUAGAAAUAAAUCGUAAAUUACAAGUCAAAGGAAAUGAUUUACCAUUGGAAAUAAUUGAAAAAAUAGAAAAUCGAAAACGCGAAGGAAUAGAAACUCAAGAAAAACGACAAGUUUACACAUCAAGUGAAUUCUAUGCAUAUUUAUUUCAAUCGAAAACAGCAUUACUAACACUUGAAAAACCAAAAUUUGAACAAGUAACAUCUCGUGUUCAAGUAUUUAUUAAACAACUCACUCAAGAGCUGACACAAUGUUAUGAUGAUUAUCAAAAAGCUCUUUUAUGGCUUCAAUCAGACGAUAGUUUAUAUAAAAUAUUUCAUAAUUAUCUUCUUGCUUACAAAUUAAUACAUACUCAAUUAUUAAAUUCCAUACAAAAUUGGUUACAUGAUAUCAACAGUCAACGUAAUUUAUAUGUACAACAAAUGGAAAGUAUGAUAAAUCAAACAAAUACACUCAUUUUUGAGUCAUUAGAUAUUAUCGAACCGAUUAUUAAUGCAUCACAUAUCGCAUCAAUUCCUACAAAUAUGGAAACAGUUCAUCAAGCAGUACAAAAACUUAGUCAAAUCGCUUUUCAUAUUGAUGAGUUUGCUAAUACUGCACGUGUAGUUUAUUCAUCAAAGGUACUCUCGAUUUUAUUACAAUAUUGUGCUAGUCUAUAUGCACGUAUCGCAAUUUUUCGUAUUCAAUUAUUUAAAACUCAACAAACAAACUCAUGGGUAUUUGCACAAUUGAAAACAAUGAAAAUUAAAAUCGAUGAUCAUUCAUACGAAUGGGAUGAUCAUAUGAAAAGAUUAAUAAUUCUUAGUGGAUAUCGUGAACGUUCAGAUUUACCUGGUACAACUUUACCUGUUGAUGAAUAUUCAUUGAAAGAAUUUCAUAAAUCUCUAUCUUAUGAUUUUCCAAUCUUACAACAUAGUUUGAAACUUCGAUAUACACAUGCAUUCAGUGAAAUAUGUUACAAUCCAGCAGCCAUAAUUGAUAAUAUAGAACGCAAAAUGAGAGAUCUUCUACAAAGUGGUGAUUGGAAUGAUAGUGGACGUAUCACAGAGUCAACAUCGAAGACAUAUCCUUUGGCACAAGUUAGUUAUAAUUUAAAUGUUCUUGUUAACAAUACUCAAUGUUUAAUAUUAAAAAUUCUCGAAAAUCCUACAGAUACAUUGGAACAUGAAACAGUAAAAAAUUUACAACCAUUUCUUGAAAAUUUAAAACGUGUUAUUCAUUUAUCAUGCUCAUCAUCAUUGGAGACAAUGCAUGCUGAGUUCUUAGAUUAUAUUCACAAAGAUUAUUUAGAUCUAUUAUUAGAACAAGGACUUAAAUUUAUCAAAUUUUUAUUCGAUGAACGAAAGAAACUAAUCGAACCAUUAAGUCAUAUACGACCGGUAUUAGAAAAUUUUGUAGAUCAAUUCAUUUUAUUCUUUAUUCAAUUACUUCAACAAGAACAACAAAAACAAAUAGAUUUCUUACAAAAAGAAUAUAAUAAUACUAUUAAAACUCGUGUAAAUUUUGAAGAUAUUCAUUUACUUGAAACAUUAUCUAAAGCAAAUUUAAUUCGUCUAUUUCGACAUAUUGAAAAUAUCGAUGAACAAAUUGAUUGGCACAAUCAAUUAGCACAAUUUCUUAUUCAAGGUUGGUUACAAGCAUCAAAGAUUCUUCGUGCAUUUGCUGCACCAUCCAAUGGAGAUCAUGAUUCAACAUCAAAACGAUUACGUUAUUCAUUUGUUUUCAAAUUAUUAAAUGAUGAAGGACAACAAAUAUUUAUAUUUUUAAAACAAACAAUUGGUCAAUUGAAAGAGAAAUAUCCAAGAAUAGAAAUGCUAAAUGAUGAACCUGUGAUUGUUUAUCUUAUUCGACUGACUAAAUUACUUCGUUAUGAAUUAUUACGAAUGUCGACAGUAAACUUAAAAGAACUGAAAAUUGAAUUGAGUAAAACAGUUCGUAACACUUUACGACCAAAUUUAUUGCAAAUUCAAUCAAUAACUGAUGAUUGGAAUAAGGAAAUGAAUCUCUUAUUAUUACAACGAAAAAAAAUCAAUGAGUCAUUGGUGCAACAAUUAAUGGAUCGAUAUUCGACCAGAGUUCUAACAAUCGAAGAAGAAAAUAAACGUUCACAACAAGAUUAUGAUUUAAAGUGUCGACAAGUUCAGGAAAGAAUUAAGCGUACGAAACAACUCUCAACUGAUAUAUUUAAUGGUGUCAAACUCAUUGGACAACUCUUACAUGAAUCAAAAUUUAAAACAAAUAAUUUCGAUAUUGACAAUGCUGAGACAAUACUUAGUGAUGCUAUACAAGUUGUAAGACGAUUACUUAAAAUUCAACAAUUAAUUCCAAAACAAUGUCGCCUAGAUGAUGACAAAGAAGGCAAAGAAUUAAUGAAUAUGAUUCGCAUAGAAUCGAUUCAUGUUGAAGUUAAAGAAGUACAAUAUGGAGAAAAUAUACCUCGACAUACAAGAGGAACAUGGGUAUCCGAUUGGGAUAGUCGAAUUGAACUUGUUCAAGAAGGACAUGAUGGAGAAAUGAUUCAAGGCGAAGUGAAGUCAUUGGAUCACACAUGUUUCUCAAAAGCUGUGAAAAAUUUAUUUUCAUAUUCAAUGCCUAUACCAUCUGAUGAUAGUUCUGCUACAUCAUCGAAACCUUGGACCUUAGAACUAUUGGCGGGUAAAGCCAGUAGUGAUGAAUGGACGAGGAUGGCUCGUAUACCUCUCGAUCUUCUCAAAUCUCCAUUCUACAAUGAACAAAAACAAACAUAUAAAUUCGGAUAUUAUAAGACAGGUACAAUCAUUUUACGUUUUACGCCAAAUAUCAAUAUCGGUAUCUUUGAUAUACCUGUCGAAGAUGUUUUCAAAAUGCCAAUUGGACCAGUUACUACAACUGAGGGAACAGAAACAGUUGUAAGCGAAGAUCCAUUUCUUGCUUUACGAAUACAAUAUCAAAAUUUCACUUCUUCUGAAAGAAAGAGAAAUCUUGAAAAAUGGUUAAUGGAUCUCAAAAUUAAGUGUGCAGAAAUCGAAUCUAAAAAAUCAAAUGAAUACGACAUGCCACGAGAGCCCCUUCUCAAAGAUAUACCUCCUCCAGAAGCAAAAAAUGAUGUACCAGCAGUUGCAAUGAGAGCAGAUACUCAAAAAUUGAACGUAUCAAUGCCACCUACACAUCAUUAUCUAAUGACUGAACUUCCAUCGAAAUAUGAACAAUUAGAUAUAAUAAUUAUUCAAACAAUAGAUGUAUUGAAUAGUAGUAUUAAUGAUAAUGAACUCGAUAAAAUUCAACAUGGUAUCGUCCGAAGAUUUGAUUCAGCUGAUGAUUUAAAACAAGGAAUAAAAAUCUUCAAAGAGACUUUUCGCUUCGAUAAAUUAGUAGCCACUCUUUUGAACCUACAUAAUACAUCGAUAAAAAUACAAAAAAGUGUCCAAUCUGGUCAAGAAUUUCAACAAACAUUAAACAGAAUACUUAAUUAUUUAAAACGAUAUGGUUUUCUUAUACAAUUGUCUGACAAUGAAGGUACAAUAUCCAAAGAAGCAAUCGAUAAACUUUAUACAGAUCAAAUGAAUAUAUUACUUAGUGAUGGAAGCUCAUUAGCUCAAAAAGAAUUGAACUUCGAACAUUCUGAACAAGCUCUUAAUCAAAUCGAAACAAUGAAACAAUAUUGGCUUGAAAAAGAUCAACAGAUAUUAAUCGACGAGAAACAAUUUGAUGCAUGUCGAAGAAUUACUGAAGAAGCUAUUACUCAAAUACAUGAACGAAAGAAACAAAUCCGCUCAACACUUCAACAACCACCACAUAUAACGAAUCUAACUGAAAUCAGUAAAGCAGUUAAUGUUAAGUCACUCGUAAAAUCGACUGGUUCACCAUCAACUAAUAAAAUAACAAUUAAUAAACAGGAUGGUGAAUAUUUUCCAUCACAAUCAUCAAUAAUCGUACAAUUUGAACAAAUUAUUCAAAAUUGGCCUUAUGCACAACUCAAAACAAAAACACUUGAAAUUAUCAAUAACACUGAUGAUGAAAUUGAUUUUGAAAUAUUAUCUAUAUCACAAGAACGUUCUCUGUCCGUAUUUACUAUUAAUCAUUCAUUAUCAACUAUUGAACCACAUGAUUCGAAUAAUCUCAAGAUAAUUCCUAAUAGUGAAGUAAAUGAAGGUAAAUAUCGAGAAGAAUGGCAAUUGAAAUUAGCAAAUAAACGAUUAUCCAUUGUGGUAAUACUUUGUUGUGAAAUAAAAGAAUUUUAUAUUGGUAUUGAUUUACCAUUAAUGGAAACAAAAAUCGAUGAUCAGUCGCCAAAUCAAAUAAAAACCUUUGAAAUUAAUUUCGGUACAGUUCUUGCAUGUCCUCGUUCGCAAAGAUCUCAUUCAUUCACAAUUGAAAAUCCAAUGUCACUUGAUCUUCGAGUUAAAUUACGUCGAGAAAAUGGUGCAACUGGUAAAUUUGAUAUUGAUAGUAAACAAAUGGAUUUUUUUCUAUUUGCUUAUGAAUCAAAAGUAUUAACUAUUGAUUGGCAUAUUCAAGAUGUAAUUCAAGAUUCCAAAUGUAUCUAUGAAAUCUACUUUAGUAAAGAUUUCAAAUAUCGAAUUAUUUGUUUGGGUAAAAUACGAAAGAUAUCCUAUGAUAUUAUGCAUAACUCAAUACGUUUAACAGAAAAACUAUAUCGUACUGAAUUACCGCCAUGUCUUCCUAAUACAACUCAUCACGAAGAAUUGAUUAUACACAACAAGGGUGAAGUCAAAAUGACUAUGGAAUCGAAAGCUGAAAAUAUACCAACAGGUGCAGUUAUUACUAGUUUAUCACAUAAUCGAGCUGUUCUAGAACCAAAUGCAUCUAUUACAUUAAAAUUGGAAUUACAAGUGAAUAAAGCACAUUCGACUCUUGAUAACAUUGUAAAUCUAGUUUUUCCUGGUGCAACUCAACGACCAUCGUUUAAAUUAAUACUGAAAACAUCAGCUGGUUGGCCAGAAUUAGAUCAAGAAUUAUUAAAACCUUUGAAAACGUUAGAAGUAAAAGAAGAUGUGAAUGAAAAAAAAGAUCAAAUUGUUUUAUUCAAUAAAGGUCUAGUUGAAAUGUUAAUCGAUGAAAUACAUUCAACAUCUUCGCAUAUUUCAAUUGAUGAUUCUAAUCCAUAUCCACGUUCGAUAUUGCCUCGUCAAAAGAUCGAAUAUCAGUUUAUUUAUAAAGUUCAAAAGAAAUUGGCUGCAUUCGAUUGUGAGUUUAUACUUAAAACGAAUUGUAAAGAAGAAAUUCAACGUAUUUCAUUUCAUUGUAAACGUUUGGCACCUAUUAUCACUAUUGAUCAAAAUGUUCUCCAUUGUGGUACAACAACACCACUUACAAAACUUCCACCAUUCAUAAUAACAAUAAAAAAUGAUGGACAUUUACGUGCUCAAUUAGAAUCCGAGUCUUAUGAUGAUGAAGUCAUUUCUUUCAAAAUCAAUAGUAAUAAUAAGAGCGUUGCCAUAGCUCCUGUUCAUUCGCGACCAAUUAAAUGUAUUGUAGAGAUUAAAAAGAACGCACCAUUAGGAGAUUUCAAGAUAGAUGUACCACUAACAGUUCGAUCGGCAACAGGUCUAUCGAAGAAAUACAAAUUGAUAGUUACUGGUCGAGUUAAACCAACAGAUGCAUUGAAGGGACCAACUUUACCAAUUGAUCUUCCACCAUCAUCAGAACAAAUAUCACAAUCAACGACUGGAAAACGAUUGAUGCAAUUACUUGAAGAUGAUAGUAAUUCAUAUCGACAACGUGCAACAACUGCUAUUGCUCCAAUUAUUAUUCAACUUGAUGAAUUAAUACAUCACGAACCCAAAUAUUCCGAUAUUCCAGAUAAUUUAACAUGCGAGCAAAUUCUAUCGGGUCUCGAAUCAGAUGGACAUGAAAUAUCCUCAUACACAAAUGCAAUUCAAGAAAGUAUUAAACAAACAUUUGAUUUAUUUUCACAAAAACAUUGGAGUGAAUUGUACAAAAAUAUCGACACAAUGUUAAAUGAACAAUUAACACCAGCCAUCAUUGGUUCACCACAUAAGAGUGAUUCAGAAAAUCUGUUAUUACCUCUGGAAUGUGCUGAAAAAUUAUCGGUCCUUUUCGAAGAACACUCACAAAAUAGUGAUGAACAAAUUUUAGGACGUUUAUUAGAAUAUGAAAAACAUUCUUUCAAAAAAAAUAACAACGAUCACACAGCUAAAAAACGUCUACUUGAUUAUACAACAGAAUUAAUUAUGAAUCAAAAUAAAAAAUUGACUAGUAAAGAGAAACAACAAAUGAAAAUGCUAACAGAUAAAGUCGCCGGUACUGUACAAAAUAUCGAAGAAAAAGGUCGUCCUGAACAAGCAUUCAGUAAUCUUUUAUUUGAAAUGGCAACUGAAACAAAUCAUAAUUCAUUAUAUUUUCUCGAUCAAAUCUUACAAUUAGCAGCAAAUGAAAAACCAGUUAAUGAAAAGAUUAUUUUACAAAAAUUAUACGAAUCAGAUGUAUCAUUAGCUGAUACUGAACUUGUUACACAAGCAAUUACGGCUUCAGAAAAUUCACUCUCAGCUAGUUCAGUGUUUGAUUUUCUUCAAACACAUUUAGAUGAUUCCGAUGAAACAAAGAAUGCUAUUGAACUUAUGAAAUUAGGUGAAAAAUUUUCACAUGAUGAUUAUCAACCAUCAGUGAAAGACAUUACGACAUUGCCAUAUGUUGUUGCUUCAUUAUCAUCGGAUUUAGAUACGAAAGAACAAGAAACUAUUCGUGUUUUUCAACGUCUUAUUUCAAAUUUAACAAAUGGAGUCAAAAAACUAGCCGAUCGUAGUUGUGAUUGGUCUAAAUUUAUUGAAGAUCUGUGUGCAACACUCAGUCUACAUCUCGAUUCAACAAUUAUUGAUUCAUUAAGAACUGUUCUAACUAUCGUUCUAUUAACAGAUCGAACAUCCAUUUGUGAUAAUCAAACUUAUAUUAAUAUCAUUUCAGCUAUGUUAAAUUUUGGUAAUGAUCGUUGUCGAACUUUAUCAUUAGAUUUGAAAAAAUUAAACGAACAAAAAGAUCCAUUUGAUCUUUUCGAAACAAUAUUAUCAAUAACAUAUUAUUGUCGUCGAUUGAAACCAACACAAACUACAUGGAUAAAGAUUAUUCGAGAAAAAAUAGCGACAUUUCGUUUAGGACAUUUUUCAUCAGUGUCAACUACCAAAUUUCUUACAACACUUGAACAAUCUCUUCUAGAAGAAUUAAAACUAACUGAACAUAGGAAAUUGCAUGAUAAUCUAACAGCUAUAUUAUCCGACGUUCAAAAAAGUAAUAUUCUUGGAAUAAUGCAAAAUGUUUCUGAACUAUGCGAUUUAAUGCAUCCUGAAGAUACCGAACAAAAAGCGAACAGUGCGUUCAUACAAAUCAUUUCGAAUAUUGGUACAGUGACAAUAACACAAUUAGAAGUAUUAGAAUUAGGUGUUCAGUUAACUAGUCGUCUGAAUGAUGGUAUCAUUGGACGUACGAUUCUUGAUCAUCUUAAUACAUUAUUAGAUUCUUAUCAAAAUUUAAUACCAAUUAUGAAUGGUGAAUUAACUCGAUCAAAUAUAUCAACAUUAGUUGAACAAACUAUUGAAUGUGUUCCUGAUGAAACUACAAAACAAGUUCUAAGACCAAUUUCAAAUGUAUUAAAUAGAUUGAAUACUACUGAACAUGUAACUAUGGGCACUAUUGUUGAACUUCUUGAUAUUAUACCAGAUCAACAUUUGUCUGAACAUAUUAAAUGUAUCUUGUUAACAGCACCAGAGAUACUUAAUGGUAAUAUCAAACAAUCUGUGAUGGAAUUAGCACAGCAAAUAAUCAGUGAAGAAUUAUCAGAUGUCAGUGAAAUUAGUUUAAAUAAAAUAAUUGAUCAAGGCAUGUCUGAACCAACAAAAGCGCUAAAAUCAAUUUCAGCUUUACUUCCUGACGGUCUUCGACUUGGAUUUAAUUUUGGUAUUGAACAAUUGUCAUCAUCAAAAAUAUCACAAGAACAAAUAAUUAGGAAUGUGUCUGAAUUAUAUAAUAGAGAAACAGCAAAUGCUUUAGAAGUCUCAUUUAAUGUUUUGGCUUCAUUGAAAACAGACAAAUUACAAGCUUUGAAAUACCUAUUAAAAUUGGUACCAAAUGAACGUGCACAGACAAUUUUUGAUACUCUCGAACAUAUCGAUAAAUUAGAAACAUGCGACAUAAAAGAUGUUGUUUUAACAACAUUAGAAUUGGCAUCUAUCAUAGCACCAAAGAAGAUGUCUGAAACAUUUGAAACUGUCGGUAAUGUUUAUGAGAAAAUAGUCAAUCAUCAAGAAAUUGAUGCUGUUAAAGAUGCACUUCGACUCAUUCCAUUUGUUCCAGAACAAGCUCAUAAUGUAAUAGAAUCAUUAACAAAAUUAACGAAACAAGAGAUAACAGCAGAAAAUGUACUUGGUUGUGCAUUUGAUGCAACAAUGAAUAUUGUUGAUGAGAAAACAGCAAAAGCACUAGGUACAGCACGAAAUAUUAUCAAUCAAAUACAAAAUCGUGAUAUUCAAGGUGCAGUUCAUUCAAUUGCAAAUGAAUUCUUUCCUGAAUAUGCUACAAAAAUUGAUACUGCUAUGGAAAUUGCAAAUUCAACCGCUCACAUCCUAUCACAAACAAAUGAUCCUUUACAAGCAUUGAAUAGUCUUUUGAAUAAUAAUAAAUUAAAGUCACAUUUACCUCCAGAAAUUCAAAAUGUCUAUGAUAUAGCUCAAGAGCUACGAACAGUAAUUGGUCAUAAAGAUAUGGCAAAAGAAGAACUAGCGAAAUGUGCAUUAAAAUUAGGAGCAUCAUUUUUACCACCACAACAUGCCGAGAAAGUAAAUGGAGUCGUUAAUUUAAUCGAUGCAAUUCGUUCUGAUGAUCCACAAAAAAUAUUAGAUCAGUCAUUAAAUGUCGCUGCGACUUUUCUUCCACCAGAAGUAAACAAUAUUAUUCAACCAGUCAUACCGGCAUUACGCAAAAAACUCAACAAAGAAAAGAUUAGUUAUGAAGACAUUAUUGAUAUUGCUGGUUCCUACAUUGGUGGAAAAGGACAACAAAUACUUAAUGGUGCUAAACCUUUGGUGUCAGCAUUAAUAAAUGGAAAGCGUCUGUCAGGUGACCAAUAUCUCGAUCUUAUUGAUACUGCAAUGACUGCCAUGGGUGUCAAUAAAGAAGUAGUCGAUAUCGUUCAAAAAGCUAAAACUGUCUACAAAAAUGUUCGUCAAAUUCAACAAGGCGUGUCAGCUCUGAUGAAAGCAACAGCACUAGCUUCGAAAGUGGCGCAGAUUAGUUCAAUUGCAUCGGCUGUAUUAACAUUGCUCAGUGAACUUAUACCUAAUUUGCCGGAAUCUGUCAAAACAGCUAUUGAUAUAAUUAGUGGAAUUGCUUUACUGUUAACCGUCACAAACCCUGUUGGGCUUGUAUUAGCAGCAGUUGGCUUAGUGUUCUCUCUCUCUCUCGUCAAGCUAUUUGGUGGAAUGGGAGGUGGAGGCAGUGAUGGUAGCGGAGGUGGUGAUGCAGGAGGAAGUGGUGCUGAUGGAGGUAGCGGUGGAAGUUCUAGUGGUGGUAGCAGCGGUACUAGUGCAAGUACCGGCAAAAGUAGUGGAGGUACCAGCGGUGUCAGUGCAAGCAGUGGUACUGGUGCAAGCAGUGGAGGUAGCAGUGUUGCUAGUCCAAGUACCGGCAAAGAUAGUGGUGGUGCCAGUACAAGUACCGGCAAAGAUAGUGGUGGUGCCAGUACAAGUACCGGCAAAGGUAGUGGUGGUGCCAGUACAAGUACCGGCAAAGGUAGUGGUGGUGCCAGUACAAGUACCGGCAAAGGUAGUGGUGGUAGUAGCAGUAGUGCCAGUGGAGGUAGUAUCGGAGCUAGCGGUACCGUUGAAGCCACAGAAACAAUAUCAUAUGAGUCUACUGUUCCAGCAAGUCCUUUAUUGAUGGAUGAAACAAGUGCAGAGGCAAGAGAAGCAGCAAAAACCAAAGUAGAAACACUCGCAUCAGAAGCAGCUGAAUUAAAUGAAGAAUCAGAAACACAAGUAUCAAAUAUAGUUAAACAAGACGAAUUAUUGUUACCAGAAACAAUCACAUGUUUAGCAACGGCUACUAAAAUUAACAAUAAAAUUCAAGCAACUAUGAAUACUAUUCAACAGAUGGCAGCAAACAAUAUGAGAACAGAAAUAGAUAGUCUAGCCAAAACGACCUUACCCAAGGUUAUUCAAACCUCAUUACAAUUAUAUCAAUCAUUGGAGUUCAUUGAAUCAUGUUCAGGUGAUAUCGAUGGUCAUAUAAAACCAAAAUGUCAAGAAAUACAAAGAGACUUAAUACAAGUUUUGGACAAAUUAAGUGCAUCAGAAUCCUUACGUAAAUUAUGGAAACUCAGUAAGAAAAAUGAAUUAGUAGAUGAUUAUGAUAUACCCGAAGAUGGUCAUGGAUCGGAUUUGAAUUAUCAAGGACCAGUUCAACAGCAGCAAACAAAUUUGGAUAAUAUUAAACAGCUCUUACAAGGAUAUGAAGAUUCGAAAUUUGAACAAGGUGAAAUAAUGGGUGAUCCGCUAUUACACAAGUUAGGUAUUCGUCUCGAUAAUCUUCUGGCAAAUUACGGCAGUGAUUUGAAUGCAGCUCUCGAUGAAAAUAAUGAAGACAUAGAAAACAAUACAGAUCCAUCUGCAUCGCCUGCGAAACAUCGAACAACUGCUAAUCGCGACGUAGUCCUAGAGAUUGAUGAUCGCGGAGAAGUGACAAAAGACGGACCAAAAAAUGCAUCAACAUUCAAAGGAGACACUAAAUCACCUGGAGUUAUCCGUGUGGAAUUUGGUCCCAGUAAAGAUGGAAGUUCAUCAUCAGAUAAAAAAACAUCAAAAAAUGAGAGUUCAAAAGUAACUAUCAGUAAACAACAAUUAGAAAACGUUCAAAAGCGAUCAGCCGUCAUGUAUUCCAGUCUUUUACAAUCUGCUAAGAAAUAUGAUAUUGGAACUAUUACUGAAAAGUGUGAUCCAGAACAUUUACCUGAAACAACAUUAGAUAAACCACGAUAUGCUCUAUUAGCUCGUCUUACACGAAAUAUUCAAUUAAUGUUAUUAACACGUUUACGUUCAGCAUUAAAAAAACAAUACGGAAAACAACAAACAACAGCUAAUGAUGAUUUACAAUUUGAAUUUAUUUUCUGUGUUGAUAACAGUGGAAGUAUGAGUGGUAAGAAAAUACGUGAAGCAUUAAAUACAUUAGUUAUUCUUCUUGAAACAUUUCAUCGUCUUGAAUGGAAAUUUGGUGUUGUUCGAUUUGGUGCUGAACAAAAAAUACUUAAACCACUCGGCCAUGAAUCAAUGCAUAGCAUGGUAUCGACAACUGACUCAACAACAAACACUACUCAAAGUCUUCAACAAUCAGUACUAGCACGUGGACAAUACAUUCUUGAAUCGUUUACAACUGAUGAAAAAACAUUACCAGCAACAGCAUUGAAACAAAUUGCUACAAAUAAAGAUUUAUACGGAAGUCAAAUUAAACCAAAUGUCAAACGAUUUAUUAUUAUGAUUACUGAUGGCAUUUCAUCUCAAGAUGAAACUGAAUUAUUCACGAAUCAAUUAAGUCUUGCAAAAGCCGAACUUUAUAUGGUUUGUAUUAUUCCAGAAAUACCAAAACAUGAUGAUACAAAAUUUUCAAAUGAAUAUAGACAAUUUGCUAUUGAACAUGAGAAAAAAGCUAAAGAAUUCAUACAACGUAUAGCACCAGAUCGAAAUCGACUUAUUGAAACUGGACAAUUGGAUACUUUAACGAAAACAGUUGUCGAUGAUCUUUUUCAUAUGAUCGAACAAUCGAUUGUUCUUCAUGGUAAUCGACCUACUGAUACUUCAAAAGCACCCGGUGUAUCAACCACAAAUAAUGCAACUAAAUUUCAUCCAUUGAAUCCAUUUAUUCUAUCUCAUGUAAAAGAUGUUGAAUUAUGGAAACAUCCUAAGAUUUCUUAUACCGGUCAAUUUUACGUAAAUGAUUUUCGACAAAAACUCGAACAACAAACAUUUCAACAACAAAUAAAUACUGAUUUCACAUCUGCUUCAGAUGAAUUUAUUAAAAAUUUCGAUGAAACACUAGAUGCACUCGAGAAAAGUUAUUCAAAUUUAGAAGCACAUGAUACUAUACUUACACAAACAGAUAAAACUCUUCAACAAAUCGAACAAGAACUUGAAAUGUAUAUUGGUGAAUUAGUACGUACCAUGGAAGAUUAUGUUCUUCCAGCAUAUAAACCAACACAGUCAUUACCAGAUACACGAGGAAGUCGAUUAUAUAUACCAGGUAUUGUUAAAUUUAUUUGUACACAAGGACAAUAUAAUCGAAUUUAUCUUAAUCAAAUCGGUUCACAAAAACCCGAAUAUCGUAUUGCAUUACUUCUUGAUCAAUCUGUUUCAAUGACUGGUCCUACGUAUUUUUCAUCUGUAGAUAUUUUAAUUUCCAUGUGUGCAGCAUUGAAUAAAAUUGGUAUUGAAGAUUUCAAUGUUUUAACAUUUGGAAAACAAAUACAAUUAAUUAAAAGUUAUAAACAAAAAUACGAUCGUUUAUUUGUACAUCACCUGUUAAAUUCAUUAAAAAUUGAUGGUGAAACAACUUUAUUAAGUGAUGCUAUAUUUGCAGCUACUGAAUUAUUACAACAACAAUCAUCAUAUAAUAAUAAUCAUGGACCAAUGUUUAUUUUUGCUCUCACCGAUGGUUAUGAUAAACGUGGUAGUUUUAUACAAAAUGUCAUUGCUUAUGCUGAACAACGUUCAAUAACUGUUAUUGGAAUUGGUGUUGGUUUCGAAUCUAAUGGUGUAUCUUUAGCAUUCAAUGAUUGGAUUAUUGCACAUAAUCCACAUUUACUUUGUGAUGCACUUAUUAAUUGGUCGAAUGAACAAAGUGAUGGACAAACACCUUAUGAUUCCUUCCAUGCAGAUAAAACAUCAACAAUUCGAGGAGAAGAUGGUAAAAUGUAUUCAACAACAGAUGACGUAUGGACUGACGAAAUGAAAACACAUUUUGAUGCGAUUACACAAAAUGCAAAACGUAAUAUUGAUGUGACAUUUUCAAAUAGUGUUCAUAGUUCACCAUUGACAGUUGAAAUUUGCUUUGUGAUGGAUUGCACGGCUUCUAUGACACGUUGGAUUCAAGCAUGUAAACAGCAUAUAAAAGCAAUUGCUGAUGGAAUACAGAAAAAUAUGAAAGAACAAUACGAUAAAGAUAGUCUUCUGCGUAUGGCAUUUGUUGCCUAUCGUGAUUACGAACACUCAGAGCGUUUUGAUUGGAUUCCCUUUCAUCAAACACCUCAUCUUGGACCUGUUGAAGCUAAAAUUUCAAGUCAGAAACCAAUUGGUGGUCUCGAUGUGUGUGAAGAUGUUCAAGGUGGCUUAGAUAAAGCAUUACAAUUAGAUUGGACAAAAGGCAGUACUUCACCUGCAGCACAAAUAAUAGUUUGGGUUGGUGAUGCUCCUGGCCACACACCAUUUUGUAGUGGCGGAUGUCAGGAUAACCAUCCUCAAGGCUUACAAGACGUACCACUAAUGGAAAAUCUUAUCGAUGAAAUAAAAAAUCGAGGAAUAUUUCUACUACUAUCUGAUUUCACCUCGGAUGUUCAAACGAUGCUAAAAAACAUUGAAGCAAUCUAUGAAAAAGAUAAAAAAGAGAAUCUAGUUAAACGGGUCAAACUGAAUCAAGUGGAUACAUCGUCGUUACUGAAAGACGUAAUGCAACAGAUCAAUACGAUUAUUGCAAGUGAAUUCAUGUAA